AUGUCGUCGAGAAUACACAGUACCCGAACAGGGAUAUCGGACAUGGCUCGGACAGCUCAAGAGGGUGAAAUUAAACGAGCUGCAACUCUUAAGAUGUCAGCUGAAGCUCGUCUUUUGCGUCAUCAAGAAUUAGAACGUCUUAGGAAGCAAGAAGAAGAAGAGUAUACCGACGAUUCUAGUCAUGUCAGAGGCGUCAAUGGCUCCCAGACGACCACCUCCUCGUCACGCUACAGCAGUCGCCACUCCUCCACUGAACCCUCCUCUACUUACAUCUCUGGCUCGAAUGCUUACGGCAACGAUCCACGGGAGCUUAGACGCCUUCUGGUCCAACUGGAGGAAAAGUACAAGGAGGUCCUUGUUAUCAAUGCUCAAUUGGAUUGUGAAAAACAAUUUCUUACGUUGUUGGAUGCUGCAAAUCUCGAACUGCCAAUAGUGAAUCACGACAGACUCAUAUCCGUCACUGAAGGCAAUAUGCGCAUCUUCGACUUUUAA